GUCCGAAAAGCUAUUUUUCCACCUUUAUCAGGGUUCUCAUGGAGUGAUCAAUCAUUGAAAAAAAAUGAAAACAGAAAAGAAAAUAAUUAAAAAGAAAACAAUUGACAACCCAUUGAUCAAGGAAGAAAAGAGCACCUAAAAUCUUUACUCUUCAUGCUAUUUUGCGCAUAAUUAUGUCAAUCUUUUAAGGAUAUAGAGAGAGCCAGAUAUUUGUAUUAUUCUUGGACUUGUUUCCUUUAUUGGUUCCAACUUCAAGGAUGUCAGGAAAAAACUAACCCCAUUUUCUUGUUUUCUUUCUGCACUUAUUCUUGGAUUCCUUAUUUUUUUUAUUUAACAGAUGUAGCUUCAAUCUUACUUCUUUAUAUAUUUUACUAUAAAUAGGAUCUGAAACAUAUAAGGGUAAUAUUUUAUUGUCAAAGGGGGUUCUUUGGUUGGUUGAUCUAGCAGCUUCUUUUUGUGGGUCAGCUCAGUUUCUGCUGUAGUGUCAUUUGAGCAAGAAUUGAAGGAUUUUGAUUUUUUGGGGUUCUUUUAGUCCCAAAGAUUUAGCCUUUUUCUUGAGAAAGAUUGGAUUUUUAUCUCAAAUUUGUGAAUUUCUUGAAAAAGGCUAUCCUUUUAUGUCUACUUUUGGGGCUUGAGCAAUGUUUGUUUCAACUGAAGAAGAACAUAUGUCAUUGCCUUUGGCAAAUGGGAAAGUAUUGGAGAAUUCAUCUCCAAUAGGAUCAAAUCCAGAUUUCAAUGAAGAUGAGGUUUCUCAAGAGAUUACUUCAAAUUUCAUGGAUGUCAAUGUGGUUCAAGAGGAUGAAAAGUUUCAGCUUGAGCAGAGGAUUUUGAAUUUAGAAGGUGAAAUUGGGAGUUUGAGGAAUAAAGAGAGAUCUCUGGAUGAAAAAAGAAGAGAAGCAUUGAAUAAGAUACUAGACAUUAAAGGUUGCAUUCGAGUGUUUUCCCGGGUUAGACCAUUUUUACCAACAGAUAAACGGAGAACUCAUCAACCGAUUUCAGUUGAAUCAGAGAAGAUCGUGGUAAGAUCCGGUGGUAGCAGGAAAGAAUUUGAGUUUGACAAGGUUUUCACUCAGGAAGCAAUCCAAGAAGAUGUUUUUGCUGAGGUUGAGCCAAUUCUCAGAUCUGCAAUCGAUGGGCACAAUGUAUGUAUAUUAGCUUAUGGACAAACUGGAACUGGCAAGACAUAUACUAUGGAGGGAACCACCGAGUCUCGAGGGAUCAUUCCUCGUGUUCUUCAGGAGCUUUUUCACCUUUCCUCUUUAGAUAGCUCGACUUCAUUUACUUUUUCGAUUAGCAUGCUCGAAGUCUAUUUGGGCAGCCUAAGGGAUUUGCUUGCUCCAAGACCUUCCAGUCGGACAUACACUGCGCCAAGAUGCAAUCUAAACAUUCAAACAGAUUCAAAAGGAUCAGUCGAAAUCGAUGGUCUAACUGAGGUGGAAAUCUCUAAUUUUACUAAAGCAACUUGGUGGUAUAACAAGGGGAGGCGAGUUAGAUCCACAUCUUGGACAAAUGUAAAUGAAACAUCCAGCAGAUCACAUUGUUUGACGAGGAUCAGUAUAUAUCGCUACGGGGAUGCUUUGGGAGGUAAAGCAGAAGUAAGCAAACUGUGGAUGGUUGACCUUGGAGGAAGUGAGCGCCUACUUAAAACGGGAGCCAUUGGACAAACCCUUGACGAGGGGAGGGCAAUAAAUCUCUCUCUUUCUGCACUAGGUGAUGUUAUCGCAGCUCUUAGAAGAAAGAGAGGCCAUGUUCCUUAUAGAAAUAGCAAAUUGACACAAGUUCUCAAGGAUUCUCUUGGUGAUAGAUCAAAAGUUUUGAUGCUAAUCCAUGUUAGCCCAUAUGAAGAGGAUGUUGGAGAGACAACAUGUUCCUUUACCUUUGCGAAGAGAGCAAGAGCAGCAGAAUGCAACAGAGAACUCUCACAAGAAUCAAAGAAGCUAAGAGAAAAGAGAAUUUCUGAGCUUGAGGGGCAAAUGAAGGAAGCCGAAGAAGGAUGUACAGAACUCAGGACUCAAAUACAGAAGGCUGAAUUUUUGUUGAGCGAGAACAAAAGGCUUUUCGUGAAGAAAUAUGAGCCACUUGAAGAUGAAGAAACCUUUCCUAUAACCCCAAAGGAAAACAUUGCUGAAAUCACAGUAACUCCAAGAAAUUCUGAGAAAGGGCUAAAAACAAAGGUCACUAGCUCAGUGCCUCGAUUCAUGAGUGCCACAGUUGCCAGUCGACAAAGGGAGAGUACGGCAGAGAGGGAAAUUCAUAGCAGACCAAAAAGUUUGAGAUCAUGGGCUAGGAGCUCUACCCAAUUGUCUGGUUCACAAUCAAACAGCUUUUCAGACCGUCGUUUCAAAGCACAGCUACGAACUUCAAAUAAAAGAUCACGAUAUAGUGAGACUAAUACCAUUGCAGGAGAUAUUAAGUGUGAUGAUUCAGAUAUUAAGCCAUCGAUCUUGCCACAACCACAAAGCAAGACUAUCGCUUCCUCGGAUCCAAAGCCUAGAGUAACACUACCUCACCACAGAAGAAGGAUGUCUGAUCUGCUUUAACUAUUACAAGAGCUGAUCUUCUAAUCCUUAGCAGGUGCUUUAACUUUUUUCGCUUUUUAGUGUUUCGGCUUUUGUUUGUUGUUGCUGCUACUGCUAUUGUUUUCUCUUUUCUUUUUGGUCCGGAAGUGCUUCAAGAUUACGAAAGAAAUUCAUUGAGGUUUUUUGUGUUAUAGAUGUGAUUUUUCUUGGGGUUGGAAUAAUUUUAUAAUUUGUUAGCACUGUAUAGUAUAUACUCUGCAAAAAAAGAGUGGUUUCCUUAGGAAUGUGUGUUUACUGCAAAUGUCAUCUUGUCGAGACAUUGUGAAGAAAGUGCAUGAGAAAAGAUUUUUCAGUUAAUAUUGUACAAUUGUUACUGCAGUUCAGAAUGUA